AGGAUAUAUUUCAAGAUUGUAAACAUGGCGACAGGAGCGUCUGCUUCGGCAAAACAGAUCGUUUGGAGGUCAAUAGAUUUCGAGAUAUUUGGGAAAGUUCAAGGUGUCUUCUUCAGAAGGGAUACAAGAAGGAAAGCAAAAGAGCUAGCCCUCACAGGAUGGGCACAGAACACCAGCAAAGGAACAGUCAUAGGACAAGCCCAGGGACCUGUGGAUAAAAUCAAAGUGAUGAAAAGUUGGCUAAAAACUAAAGGAAGUCCAAAGUCCAGGAUCGACAAGGCCGUGUUCUCCAAUGAGAAAAAUGUAGAUGAGCUGACUUUCAAAACAUUUGAUAUUAUAAGGUAGCAUCAUUAGCAUCAAAUUGGGAAUACUACAGUGAAUGUACAAUUUUAGUAUUUAUUUUUUCAACAUUAAAUGUAUAUGGUUUUAUUUUCUCAAAGUCUGCAGUGAUGUAACUUUCAUUUAUGAUUUGCUAUUUAAUGUAUACUAGAACAGUUAAAGUCAGCUUCAUUGUAACUAAAUGUUCUGAAGAGAAUACUGCCAAAUUGUUUGUUUUUUGUUAGUUUUAAGUGGACAAUGCUAAGUUUGGUUCUGCACCUGUACAUGUACAUAAACGUUUACAAUGAAACACCUUGAACCCAUAACCAUGCAAUACUAAAACCACCGACACAAUAAUCUAGUGCCACAAAUAAUCCUUGUGUCUCCUAGAAUGCCUCAAAUGUCUGAAUUUUCUAGUUUAUCACAGAUUGCAUUAGUACUCCAGCAGAACAUUUGAAUCAAGGUUCCACUUGUAAAACCUGGAUAUUAAAUGAAAACUUCUUUACAAAGAUAUGUUGAGCUUGAGAGGUAUACAGACACAAUUCUGUACAAAUUUAUUGAUAUGCUAUGAUUAUUAUUCUGAAACAUGGGGGGGGGGGUUUGAAGGGAGAUGUACACAUAGUUAUAAUCUGGCAACAUUUCAAGUAAUCUGUUUUCUAAUACAUGUACAAAACAUUUAUAACCAUGUUAUAUUGUUAUUUUGAAUGAAGGGGACAUGUAUUCAUUUCUUUGCAUUCGUAAAGUAAAGCUUGACAGUCUUUCAAUUUAAUGUUUUGAAAUUAAAAUGGGGACUUAUAUUAGGUUUUGAUUUUA